AUGCGCUCUCGGCGCGGUAACGUCUUCGGAGGCCGAGUUUGUCCGUCCCACCAGUUCAGCUUCAGCUUUCUAAAAUCCGGGGAACCACCCACUGUGAAGUGUUGUGGACCGCGGGCGCGUUCCAAGAGUAGCAGCGCAGAGGUCAUCCACGUUCGAAAAUUUUCGGCUUGGCGUUACUUAAAAAAAGCCGGCGUUGGUUUGCUGUUUGACGAGUGUCCUUAUACACUUUAUUGA